CGUUUUUCUUAUUUUCGAAUGCCCUGCUCGCUCCCUGCCCGGUCAGGCGGGCUUCCCUGGAGGGGUGGGAGGGGCACGAAACCUGAUAAAUAGGUAUUCGAAUGCCGUGCUAUUUAUCAGCUUGUGAGCGCCUUGCGGUUCGCGUACUCAGCUCGACGUUCGCUCUUUCGGAAGGCGUCGCCUCCUCGUCAACUGCGUCCCUGCCUUCGGCGUCGACGAGGUGGGGGGGUUCCGGAGGUGUAGACGCGAUGGAGGAUGCGGAGAACAGAGACGUGGAGUACGAAGACCAGGACGUGGACGGCGACGGCGCGAAGGGCGAGAGCACGGCCCACGAGGGCGUGGAGGGCGAGCCCGACGGGCUGGAGGACGAGGGCGUGACGGGCGACUUCAGCCGGGACAUGCUGACGUACAGCGACGCUGGACGGCGACGCCGGCUCCGCCUCGCGCGGGCUCCCCGAGGAGGGGGGGUCAGGCCGAUGAGAAGGCGGGGGAGGAGAAGGAGGCGGAGGUGCAGGAGGUGAUCGACGAGGCGGGGGUGGAGGCGGACGACGGGGACGAUGAGUUCGAGAGCGCGGUGGUGGAGGAGGUGGAGGACGAGAUGCGCGAUGACAAGGCGCAGGGCGAGGUGGGGGGCGGGGGCCUGCAGCGCGGCGCUGCCCCGGGACAGGCUCAGCAGCCUGAUGGCGACCUCCCGCCCGCGCGCGGCGCCGCAGGUGCUGGAGCUCGACCGGCGCCAGCUGCGGAAGCGGACGUGGGCGAGGUCGGUCCUGGCCCUGCCGAGCAGCACGAAGGCGAAAUUCAGCCCCUGGCCGUCGCGACGGCCAGCCGCCCUGAGCCCGUGCCUGUUCUUGGUCAUGCUGACCGUCGGCGAGAUGGCGCCCUGAUCCCUCUUAUCUCUUCCCCGACCUCCCAUCCUCCAAUGCAGCUGACCAUUGCGAAGGAUAGUCGCCCUGUUCCCGUGCCUGCUCCUGGUCAUGCCGACGGUGCAGCUUGGUGUGGCGCGUCAAUCGCACCGCGCUGGUUGCCGCGCCUUCGAAUCGCGAGCGAUGCGCAGCGUCCUGGGACCUCGACGCCGCCGAGGUCCACUCUUACACCGUGCCGCCGCCCUGUCCACAACCGCCCCCGGGAAGACCGCCGCGUCCGCUGGCCGAGACGCCCAGGCGAGGCGGCGGCCGCCCAUUUGAAAAGGCUGAAGGUCGAAGGAGGCUACUACUUCACCGCGGCCUGGCACUCCUGGCGCGGGCGCGUGGGCCAGGAAAAAGGCGAGACCAGGAGCCGAGUCAAGUUCGACCCGUCCUGCUGGAAGUCCGACAUGAUCGAGCGCUUCCUGGGCGAAAUGGCACGCGGCCGCUACGUCGUGGGCACCUGGCCCCGGAACGCGGGCGCCCACGUCGACUGGGGCCGCGAAGACGCCCUGCAUCAGGAGUUCCAGCGGAAGCGGGGGGCGGCCAAAGGCGAGGGGCGCGGGGUCGGCCCAGCGCGCAGCUCUGGGCACACCGAAAAUUGAACCCGGAAACGCCCCGGGCGCUGACCUCGCGUGGUUCCAGUAUAUGAGGCGUGCCACCUUCGAGGAUCAAAGGAGUGGUUAUCUCUUCCUCGUCGGAAGGCGGCGGAAGCUGGCGGAAGGCGGCGGAAGUAACAUGUGUACCUCCAAGGGAUGAACACUUUUUGGGGUUCAGUGUUUCCGAAAUCGUCCUUCAUAUACAUAGAUAUAGAUAUCUAUCCCAGGGGACGCGGCCUGGUGCCCUGGAGCAGGUUCCCCACGGGCGUGCGGCGGCUGCCCUUCGAGCCCGACCCGUCCAACAAGCGGGUGGAUGCUGCGCUUCCGGCGGCCACGCCGAGCGAGAGCCCACAGAGGCAGAGCUCAUCAGGGCAUUUUUCGAAGAGCGAGGCCGUGAUACAGUUAGAGGCCCCACAGGUAGAGGCUCUGCCACAAUCGCCGCGUGGGGCCCUCGGCGGUGCUCGUCUGCCCCUCUUUCCGGGCAGUUGCCCACAGACGAAGCGCAGGCCCACAUACAAAACGCAUGCUAGUUUAGUAGGCUAGCCUAUGCGAUGCUGGGCCUGCUCGAGCCGUCCUUCGAGCGGUCGCGCUUUCGUGGGGGUGUGAUGUAUUUUUGUGCGUUUGGCACAAAAACAACAGACAUCAUUGCCAAUUUCCUCAAGGGAAGUGACAGCAGUGUUGUUCAAAUCAAAUGGGCCGUGCCAAAUCUAUGAUAGAGAAGGAAAA